GAAGCCCUACUGUGAGCCUGGACCUGUGUGCCCUCUGCUUGUUGGGUGAGAGCCUGGGAGCAGCCGGGGUUCCUUGCAUUCACAGCCCCGAAACCCAAGUGGUAUCCCACGUGCAACAUAGCAUUGCAGAUGCCAGGCACAGCAAGGCAUGACCGAGAGAUGGCAAUCCAGGCCAAAAGGAGUCUGUCCAAAACCACUGACCCUGUAGAAAGACUUCGACUGAAGUGCUUAGCAAGAGGGUCUGCGGGCAUCAAAGGACUUGGCAAAGUAUUUCAGAUUAUGGAUGAUGACAACAGCAGGACCCUUGAUUUCAAAGAAUUUGUGAAAGGAUUAAAUGAUUAUGCUAUGAUGAUAGACAAGGAAGAAGCACAAGAGAUUUUCCAGAUAUUUGAUAAAGAUGGCAGCGGAACAAUUGAUUUUGAUGAAUUUCUUGUUACACUGAGACCUCCAAUGUCAAAUGCCAGAAAAGAGAUCAUCAUGCAGGCAUUUAGGAAGUUAGAUAAAACUGGAGAUGGUGUCAUCACAAUUGAAGACUUACGGGGAGUAUAUAAUGCAAAGCACCAUCCCAAAUACCAAAACGGAGACUGGACAGAAGAUCAAGUUUUUAGGGCCUUUCUGGAUAAUUUUGAUUCACCUUAUGACAAAGAUGGGAAGGUCACAACAGAAGAAUUCAUGAACUACUAUGCAGGAGUCAGCGCCUCAAUAGACACCGAUGUCUAUUUUAUCAUCAUGAUGAAGAAUGCUUGGAAACUCUGAUUGUAUGAUUAAAUGAACGAGACUUUAUUUCCAUAUUUUGUAGGUUCCCAUGAUUAAAUGUAUGCAAACAACAUGCUCAUUUUCCAAAACAGCAACUUCCCGUAACUGUGCCAAUUACAUUCAAUCUACAGAAGCAAUUCCCAGAUGUUUUGUUAGGCUGAGCCUCAGAGGAUGGACAGCACAAUCAGAGAGUAGAUCUGGCAUCCAGCCACUGUGCAGAUCUGUCUCUUUUCUACCUGCAUCCCUGACAUAUCUUCUCUUUCCUGAGAUGAGCUGCUUUUUUCACAUGUCACAGUUUUUCCCCCUCCAUCUCUGCUAGGCAAAGGAUAUAAGAGGAGGAAAAUGAGAUGUUCUGAAAGGGUGAUGGCCUGACGCAAAACCAGUGACAGUGUCCUAGCAGGGACCAGCAUCCUUGAUGCAGGCUGGAGGGCCACCAUUCCUCUCCUGCAACAUCUCCUGGUUUCUCAGCUCUCACCAGCAGGAUAGAUGAUUGCUCACCUUGGAGUGUCAGAAGCUGGAGAGGGAACAAAUCAAGCAGGAGAGACAUGGAGCAGUUUUAAGUGUCUUUAAAACCCUGAUUUUUCCACGACUUACAACCAAUAACGCUCAAUGUGCAUCCAUGUUUCUUGCACACCUGUUGCUUGAAACCUGUGUGGAUCUGUUGGUUGUUUCCCUGCCUUUGGUUUCUUUCUUUUUGUACUCUGAAAACUAAUGGUUUGCUUUAAAGGAUAAAAUUGUGUUAUAGUGUUUUCUUCUCUCUGUUCCUGGAACGUUUACCAGCUGUGUGCUUGUUGUCCGUACACACCAACACCAAAAGUUGCUUACUGCUUUUUAUGCUUGUACUGGGUUAUGACCAAGCUCAUGACUUCAGGAAAUUUUCUGGGAUCUUAAGAACUUAAAACUGUCGUAUCAUCUUUUGUUUCUGAUGCUGUAUAGAGGAUGGGAACUGAUGCUUUUCCUGUUGUCCCAUCCACACCAGUGGGACUGCCUGUGUUCUGAGAUUUGAUGGCCUCUCCCCACACAGCGAGUGGGGAAAUGGCACAAUGAGGAAACAUUUUCAAAAGUGGCAUCUGGGGAGGGGGAAUGUAUCUAAUGUAUCUAAUUAUUCCUGCCUUGAUUUCUUUUCCAUUUGUCUUCUAUUUCCCUGAUGUCAUGCUGCUUUUCUGCCAGAUUGAGCUGUUGCUGCUCAGAGUAAAUGGUUUGUGCACAGCAGCAUUUACUCUGUUUCAGGCUGGUAGCAAGCUAAAAGCAGUAUAGACUUACACACUGUACUUUCAGAUGAGUCUGAAUGAAAAGUCUCUGCUCAUACUUAGUCUAGAUUGCUAGAAGUUUGGGUACUGCAGCCCUGAGUGCUCUGGUUCUGUGCAAGCUCUGAUUGUGUUUUUUUUUAGCCAUUACCUCAGUAGAAGCCAUAGCAGUUUGCAGCUCCUGACUAAGGGCUGUACAAACUCAAUUGUUUUCUGUGAUCUGCAAGCCUCCAGAUAUCUGUACACUAGCUAAUGCUGUUACCUUGUGUAAAGUGUCUCUUUGUGACUGACAUUAACCGUAUGAAGAGUCGUUACUUACUGGAACGCUACUGAGGUGCCAGUAUAUCUUGUAUGAAAAAUAAACUUGCAGUGAAAUAGAGGCUUUACACAUCCUGGCAGCUUAUGUGCAGUCUGUUUCAUUUUCAUUUAUUAAUUGGCUCCAGAACAGGGCAUUGUGUCAUGUUAGCUAUCUUCUGUUUUAAAUGAAAAGAAAGUAAUGUUAACAGACUGCAGGCAUCACAAAAUAAAGGCAUUAUUUCCUCCUGACCUGCUAGCUUGCGGUUUCAGACUCAACUAUGAUUUAUUGAGCUGACAUUUAAUUGGGGGUAAUGGAAGUUUAAAUCUGAAUAACCAUUACUCCCAGCCUGCUUCUCUUCCCAAUACUAACCCCUUCACCCCAAAUUGAAAUUACUUAUCAAGAAAGCAGGAUUUGGUGGAAGGAGGAUUUUGAGCUGAGCUCAGAAUAGUGAUGCUUUUUUGUAGCAUCUGACUCUGCUCUCCCACCUCCCUGCUCAUCACCCACAGGGCACAUUCCUCAGCAACUUCAGGAGAAUGCCCGUGUGGCUUUCCCAAUUUGCUCAGCUGCAGGUUGCUGUGUGCUGGGUACGUAUGCUGCAGAUACAGAUGCAUGCAGGCUGUCCUGCCAGCCCAGGGCUGCACGGUGCACCCAGCAGAUGUUGGGAGAUAGGUGGCAAUGCACGCGACCAUAUCAGGCGCUGCCAUCAAGAUUGUCAGAUCUCGGUUGGUGCUUCAUGCUUGAACAUUUUAUUUCUUCUUUCUGAUUGUGCAACCAAUGCUAAACAGGAUGGUAUAAACCAUAGGAACAUCUGAGCCUGCACGGCUGAAGGGCCACACCAGAAGUGAUGAUUUUGGUUCCAGCCUUGCUGCAAAAGUUUUGUCUGCUCCUCCUGGUCUCUUCUGCCUGAGCUAUCAGAGCAUCUUCAUGACCUUGCAGGCCAAUACAAGGCUCACGCUCUCCCUUUCGUCCUUCCUAGGCUGAGGCUGCGCUUGCCUGUUCACUCAUGACUUAAUGUUGGUUUUGCCCCAGUGUGGUUUAGUGGCUUUGUGUUUUUGUUCCUGGAGGGGAGCUUUUUGGCUCGCUCUGAUCCACAGCUGUUUGGCUCACAUUUCCCUCCCUCAACAUGAGUUUCUGGUUUAGGCAACCAGAACACAGUAUGCUUACUUAGCACAUAUACACAUAUAUGGCCACUGAUUGCACUGGCAGAGCUGGCUGGCAUUGUUGGUGCACUGCACAGAGUUGCAGAGACAGAUGGAAAUGGCUGAGGCUGAUGCAGAUGAAACCAGCUGCUCACACUGCUCUAUGAAAGCCAUCAUGGGAGCAACUGUGCAGCAACAGAGGGCAGAACAGAGCUGUGCCACCCUGCUGACGUGAGACCAGUGAUUUCAGCUGGGCAUGCCCAGAUCUAUGCCAGGAGCAGCAGCAGUAGCACGUUCAUCUGCACACGGUAGAGCAGAAAGCCUGAUGCCAUUGCCAGAUGCCCACUUUCUGUGGCUUUUCCUAUGAUAUGAGCUCUUCCAGAACAAGGUCUGACCCUAUAGCACAGGUUUUUUCCUGUAGCCCUACCAAUGCACUUUUUCUUUGGUUCUCAUUUUCACUUGCUUGACUGCCCUUAGGGGUUUUUUACAUUCAUCUGGUGAUGGUGCUAGUGUUGGAAUAACAUAGUUUCAUCAUAGCACCCAAACUGUGCUGUCACUAUUUAGCUAUAGUCAGAAUACCUUUCUUAGAUUCAUUUUUCCAGCAGUUUUUCCCUGAACACAGGAAGCUCAAUCCACCUCCGCGUCAGAGUCACUGGAGUAGGUGCACUGUGAGAGCUUGCUGAGGAGUGCAACCUGAUGUUAGGUCAGGACAGUCUGACCAAACAUCAGAAUUCUGUGAAAACAGCUAAAAAAAAAGAAAAUAAGAAAAAAAAGAAAAAAGAAAAGGGCAUGUGCUACACAAACACCUGCGGGCUGCAGUCUAGAGCCAUCGUACAUUCUAAAC